CGGAGACGGACGCGCAGUUGGAGCCAACCUGGUUACUGAGAGCACCGUGAGCUGCUGCCUGCACGUUGUCCGCUCACCCUCACUCCGCUUCGGCUUCUCCCAGCGUUUUACCUCGUACGUUGGUAGAUACCCGUGUCUUUGUGUCUCACCUUCACAGUCCAUCCAUUUGUCAGUUUCUUGCAUCACCCAUCUGUCCAGCAUGUCGCUGCUAAAGGUGCAGACCAGUAAUGUGACCAACAAGACAGACCCAAAGUCCAUCAACUCCAGAGUGUUUAUUGGUAACCUGAACACGGUGGUAGUGAAGAAGUCAGAUGUGGAGAGCAUCUUUUCUAAGUACGGUCGGGUGCUGGGCUGCUCCGUGCACAAGGGCUACGCAUUUGUCCAGUAUGCCAGCGAGAGACACGCCAGGGGAGCUGUGAUUGGAGAGAAUGGCAGGGUGCUGGCUGGACAAACACUGGACAUCAACAUGGCAGGAGAACCAAAGCCAAACCGACCCAAAAGCCUGAAGCGAUCUGCAGCUUCCCUUUACAGUGGCUAUGAGUUUGACUAUGAUUACUACAGAGAAGACUUCUAUGACAGGUUGUUUGAGUAUUGUGGCAGGGUAUCCCCAGUCCCUCUAGUGGUACCAGUCAAACGUCAACGAGUGGCGAUGCCCCUGGUGCGACGGGUAAAAUCUCUGCCGGUCAAAUUGUUGGGACAGAAUUCCUCUGUCCUCCCCACCAGCAACAAAGAGAAAUUAAAAGGAGCAGAGCUUCAGGCGAUCAAGUCAGAGUUGAUUCAGAUUAAAACCAACAUCGAGGCUUUGCUGGGUAGAUUGGAGCAGAUCACAGAAGAUCCACACAUUACCGCCACAGAUUUGAUUAAGUCAGAGGAGUGUAAGAAUGAGGAGGUGUGGCAGGAAGGAGACGAGUGGAGUUCAGAGCCAGAAGACAUGGAGGACCAGAGACAGAAUAGCGAAACUGAAGAGGAGGAGAAAGAUGAAGAGGAGGAGGGAGAGCACAGACAGGACGAUGGCCACAGCCACAUGGACAACAGUCACCUAUCAUCAGAGAUGGACUCCCUUCACCCAUAAGAGGUUCGAGAAACUGUGGAAGAAGAGAUGGACAGAGGAGAGAAAAAGGGAGCUGUGGACCAACUGAACUGGAUAACAGCACAGGAAACCAAUGAAACAGCAGGGAGUCGAAGACAUCCACAAGCUCAAGCACUCAAACAGGCUAAACUUUGAAACAUGCAGCAGAGAGACAGACUUCACAUGUCUAAGCCACAGCAAGAUACUGAAACAGCAGGGCACUGCCAGAGCCACGUGGAGAUAGUAACACAGCAGGCUGUUGGUAAAACGCAUCUAAAAUUGACAACUUUUACAUACACAGAAAAUCACUGCAGCUGACAACCGCCAUGUUUGGGAAAACUGGAACUCAUCAGAUUGUCUGCUGCGGUUCAGGACUUUAAAUGUGAGCACACAGUGGAAGAGCUUGUUGUCAACUGAAAAUCCUUUUAGUGCAGAACAUUUUGAAUUUUAAAUUUCAAUGUCAAAUGAAAAACAAAACCUUAAAGAUAAGUGACAGUACACUGUAGAAAUGGUAUUUUUGAUGGUUUAUGCAGUACAUAUAGCUGAAGAGGGUUACAUCAUUGGCAGCAAUUGCUCGACUGAUAUGAUUCCCAUAAAUUGUAAUAUUCUUCAUUAUGACACAUGCAAGAUAGUCCUUUUAGUUUGUGCACAGUGGCUCAGGUUGAUAAAAUUUUUAAUUUAUCUAGUAGCAAUCAUUCCCCCCCAAAAAAAAUGCAUAUGGACACAUUCCAGUGAUAAAUUUGUACCUCCAAAUCAAGAUGCUGUUUCAAGGUAAAAUCUUUGUUUCCAGUAACUUUUAAAAAGUGUAAAAAAUGAGGUGAACUAAAUGAAAAUAUUUGAAUAAAAGUAACAUGUUUCCUUCCCCAACUAUGUGAAAUCUGACUCUGCAAAGUUCACCUUAGAAACCCUGGUGAUAAUCCGCAUGUUAUUGGACACAAGCUGUCAUUGCUGAUAUAAUGUUAGACUUUCCUGAUAAAGCCAAACCUGAACCUACUGUACUAAUGGCCCCGAUUACAAUUAACAGGUCACCGUAGGCCACACAGAAUAGCUAACAGUGAUGGGUCAUGCUGUCUCAAAUCAUUGCAUUUCUGCACAUCUCCGAUUGUCUGAAAAUUUGUAAAGAUAUUUAUAAAAUUUAUGAAACUUCAAAAAAUUGUUUGGUUUUUUUUUGCUGUAAUUGUCCAUCAAUGCAAUUUCAGCAUGUCACAAAUAAAUAUUUGAGGCUAUGUUUGAGCAACAAUAUCUGACCCUAAAAUUUUCAGUUAUUUUUCAUUGUGCCAUUGAUUCAUAACAACAUCACACAGAUAUUCUACCACUGAUUUUCAGUGGGGCUCAUGUCCAGGGAUUGAGCUGGCCACACUAAGACCUGGAUUCUGUGCUCCUGUAGCCAAGUUCUACUGACCCUGAAUGUGUUCAAGGGGCAUUAUGUAGUUGAAACAUCCAGUUUUGACCCUGAGGGAACACUGCACGUGCAGAGGGGAGCAUGUGGGUUUCAAGAAUGGCACAAUACUUAGAGUUCAAUGUGCCAUCGCAGACAGUGAGAUGAUCAACAUCAACAGUAUUCAUGCGUCCCAAAACCAUGAUACUGCCUCCACCAUGCUUGACAGUAGGUACUGCACAUGCUGAAGAUAAUGCUUAAUCUGGCCUUCUGGAUACCCUCACAUUAGCAGGGAAAGAUAAAGCUGGAAACUGGACUCAUCUGACAAUAGAAUCUUCUUCCAGUUCCUAGCUAUCCAGUUCUUGUGUGCUUUGGCCUAACGGCACUGGCCUAACCUCUGUCUCUCAUUGGUCAGAGGCUUCUUGACAGCCUUGUAGGACCUAAAGCCAUGAUCUAAAAGUAGGCCAGAUACAGUGCUGGUGGAACACUGGACACCAGUUUAAUGUGACCACUGCUGCUGAAGAUCUUGUGAUGUCAUUUUGUGGUUUUCCUUGCACAUGCGGAUCAGAAUGUGGUCAUGUCUUGCUGAAGAAACCUUUGGAUGCCAAGAUCUUGGUUUGUCUUCCAAGCUGUUGGUUCAUCUGUAUUUCUGCAGAAUGUGUCCAACUGCUGAAGGACUGCAUCUGCACUUCCUGGAUAUCUGGCAGCAGCUGUAUUCUUCCUGUCUGAGAAUCUGUAUCUUCAGGUGUGUUUCCUGCUUUAGGUUCCUUGAUUUAGUUAUUUUCCUCUCAAAAACUGUCUUUUUUUUUUUAAAAGCACAACCUUCAGUAAUGGAUCAUUGGUACCAAAAAGACCCAAUACUAAAAAUUUCCUUGGUAUUUUUUUUUUAUUAAACCAAUCAUUUUUAAGUGUUUAAUGCUUUUUUUUCCUAGGAUUUAUUUUUAUUUUAUUUUUUUUGCUGUGACUAUGCUCAAAGAAAUUGCACCUGAAGACCAGUGAUUUUUAAUGCAGUAUUUCAUAAAUGCAUGGUGUGUCUGAAUUUUUUUUUUUCCACCGCUGUACUCCAUUGUAGGCUGGAAGAACAGUUACCUUACCCAUUUUACUUACUGAUUUUGGAUACUCAUUGGAAAAGAUGCUUGAAGGAAAACUCUUCCAAACUCUAGCAGGAGUUCAGCUUGUGACAUUUGUCUUGAAGGUCAAGUUCAUUCCCAGUGAAACAAAAAGCAAGAUAAUAUGUUUUGACUUUAUCAAACAAUUCCCGCAAUAAUCAUGGCAGUACGAAUGUCAGGCUUUUAUCUUUAAUACUUCCUGAGAUAUUGUCAUUCAGACAUAACAUCAAAUGACAAUGUGCAAAAAAUGUGCUGAAAGUGGGUCAAUAGGUCAUUAAAAAUGUAUGCAUCUUGGAAAUGACUUGCAGAACUAUGAUAUAAAAUUUAGAUAAAAUUCUCAUAGUUUAUGGUCGAAACAUUUCAAGCAAUUCAGAGAUGAUCAACUGAAAGCCCUGGAGGAUUUGAAUUAAAAAUGUCUUACAAAAUUCUUAGGACAUUUAACAGUUCAAAUCAGUUCUAUCAACAAAAACACUGACCAAAUAUUCCACUGUUAUGCAAGUAUAGCCACUACUAAACUGUUGCACUGAAAAUCAAAAAUCAUAUUGGUUUAUUACUAAAUGUAAUGUACUACAAAACAAGAUAAUGUGGUAACUCAGCCAAACACAUUUCUCAAAAUAGUAUGAAAAUGCUACUAAAACUUGUUUUGGUCACAUUGUUUAGAUGAUGUACACUUCAUCAGAUAUGAUUAACUGUGGUUUGGACCCCAGAUGUGCUCACCUGUUCAGAAUAAGGUGCAUUAGAUUCUUACUGUGUUUUUAAUACUCAUUUCAUAUGUCAAACUGUCAGCUGUCUGAACUACUGGUUUUAUUAAACAGAAACACUUACUGACAUUAUAUUGACAAAUUGUAUUAUGAAUUGUAAAAUGGUGGAUUGUCUUUUUAAAAUUAUUAGUUCUGCAUUUUAGAUUAGAAUGAGUUGUGGACAAACAGCCGAUGGGGUUUUAUUAUCCUAAGGCCCAUUGAAUGGCCUCUGAAAAGCUGUCUGUGACUAACAAGAACAAGAAUCAUUUGCUGCCUAUGUCGAUCCCAUGCCUGUUGUUUUCCCUCUUAUUAUUUCAUUAUCACUGUAUGACUCAGCCAAGGAAUGUGGCAAAGUUAUGUGAUGAUCGGAGUUGGUUUGUUCAUCUGUUUGUCUGUUUGUCUGUCUGUCCUUUGGCAACAUUACUUAAAAGCAUACUAAGGGAUUUGGACGUAAUUUUUAGGGAAGGUCAGAAAUUAUACAAAGAGCAAGUGAUUAGAUUUUGGCAGUGAUGCAGCUUGUAGUCUGGAUCCAAAAUUUGUUAAAGAUUUCUGUAUUAUUGCAAGACAGCGGCACGGCGUCACUGUAACUAAGUGAACACUAUAUCAGCUGCCUCCUGAUGAUCACGAUUGUGAUCCGACAACAAAUCGACUACUGCAGACCAUUUUUUAAAGAUUUCAUCGGUCGGAAAUCAUACGACUGAGCAGCCUGGGUGGAGUAUUGCACUCUCUGAGUGCUUUUCCUGUUUUAAUUGUUGCUGUUGUUCAUAAUUCUGGCUGUAGAUAACGUAUAUAUAUUCUAACUAGCAAAAAUGUAUUCAGGAAUUUGAAUAAAAUUUUCAAAGGAGGAUUUUGUAGUUGAUAAGGUAAGCACUUGCUGCAAAACACAUCCUCUAUUCUUCUUCUCUUGGUCAAAAUGGUGGUUGACAAACCGGCUUACAGGUGCAUUACUGCCACCUGCUGGACUGGAUUAGAACGCUAAUUCGGUGUUCCAUCUCGCUACAAAUACAUAGACAGUAUUGCAGGUCACAUUACUGCUGAUUUCCUUUCUUAAAUAAUGUGUUUUGGAAUAAUUUUGUUCCAUGCAGACAGCCAUUUGUUGAGGUAAUUUCAGUGCACUAAACUUGGAAAAUGAAAGACUGUGUCAGAGUUGCAUUAAGAUUGUGUAGUGACUAAGUCAUGACAGCUGCAGCUGACAAAACUGUUGGUAUGUUCAAAAUAUCACAAUUAUCUACAAGAAGCAUUAUACAGAUGAGCCCUGCUGCUUAAAAUUCAAACUGAGAGGACAAACAAAAUGCAAACAUCAAUAUUCUACAACAAAACAUGUUUUUUUAUUAUUAAUCUUUUUAAAGAGUUCCUGAGUGAACUCUCAAAGUUUUUACAACCAUCCCUUUCACAUGUGAACAACCCAAAACCUGUAAAAUACAUGACUUUGAAAAGAAGCUAUUGAGAGAAACUGCAUUGUUAGGAAAGUAUAUUGCUGUUAGUAAAAAGUAAAGAAAAGCUGAAGGUUUUAAAAUUCUCUAGAUGUUUCCAAUGUGUUUAAAAGGAAAAGUAGCAAACUAUAAAAGGAGGUAAAAAUAGAGGUGCUGCUGGGUUUCGUGACUGUUGAUAAUGCGAACUUAUCUUUGAAAAGACCAGACUCUUAAAUUUUAUUUCUAUCAAAAUUCAUCUGUCUGCUUGGUCGGUUGUUUUUCUUUAUGUUUUGACUAAUGACCUCUUUUUCCUUCUUUCCCUUUAUGUCACAUUUAUUCUUAAAAUCUUCUACUUUUGUCCGUCUCUGUCAUUUAGCUCCCCUUUUUUUCAUUUUCCUUUUCAAUUUUCCUUUAUUUUUCAUUUUCUUUCUUGUUGCCUCUUUCUGUUAUCCUCUGUUCUUUUGAAUGUCCUUUCUCCUCUUUCAUUUCUUAAACUGCAUUACUUUUCUGUGCUCCAGCACGUCCUCUUGUGGCCCUUUAAAUGUUGUACAGAGAUGGAAAGAAAAGAUUUAGUGUGAGACAGAGGGGAUUCAACUCUUUUGUUCUUCUUGGCUCUAAUUUUACAGUGUAUUUUUUGUGACAAAUUAGAAAGCCCACUGAUGUAAGGAUGGACUUCUUAAGGUGUUCACAUUUAGAAAAGUCAAACUGACAAAGAAAGCAAAGACAAGCAAGAAGCAAACUUAUUUCCCAAACUUUCUACAAACUUUGUGGUUCAGUUCAGGACCAAAUCACAUUUACAGUUUACUUAAAGCUUAUCUUUGCUGAAGUUGAAUUUUUACUUCUGUGUUGAAUCGAUGCUGCAGCCAAAUGGUUUGUGCUUCUGUAAACAUUUAUACUUCAGCGCUAUUGUAUCUGUGUCACUCAGAAAUCCAUCCACCUAAGCUACCACAGCAUAGACUGUAUAUAAAGGUGGAUGAACCCUCUGUGGCACCAUCCAUGGAUUUCCUGCACAAAAGGUUUGAAGCUCUGUGUGGUACCUGCAGCCAAUGUCAUCGUGGCAGUGGCUGAGUCUGCCUAGCUAAAUCCAAAAAUGAAUGAAGAGAUGGUGCCUGAGGAGAGCUGAGACAGGCCAUGCAAACCACUUUGAGCCAUGGAAUGUGCCAUUAAUGGUACAUAACUUAAGCCUGAAUACAGUUAAACAGGUAAGUUCUAAAAAAAAAAAAAAAACCACCCCCUGUACAAUUGUCAUGAACAGAGGAAUGAGACCAAAACCAUUUUUGUAUCAGAAUGUAACAGCUUUUAUUUCUGUUGUAAAGUUAGGCAUAUUAGCAUGGAGUCUAUGGGAUUAUGUUGGAGUUAGUGCUAAUAAAUGUUUUGUUGUUGUUGUACCAAAAUUACUGCAUUGCAAAAACAACAAAAGCCGCCAGAACCUGAGUCUAUACACUGACUGAUGAAGCAAUGAAAACAAGAAAACAGCAUUGGCUCUUGUGUUUGCAUAAAGAACAAGCCAGAUACAAUUACAGCUUCCUGUACUUUGUUUUACAGAAGCGUUGUCUUUACACAAAUUCAUGUGUGGUGCAAUUACCACUUGGAUGAGUCAUAGUUGUUACAGUCUGCAUUGUGAUUACUUUUAAGUACAUUUCUGGAGGGGUACACAUCAGGCUAUGGCACAGAUUCAACAGAGAAAUGUAAAAGCAGGGCUAUAUGGUUAAACACAAAUGUUUGUUAUAAUGCCAAGAACAAACAUGCAUUAAGGUGAGCUACAGUCAACAGCCAAACAACUAAGACAUGUUUGAUGGAUCAAAGUUCGACGGAUGUGUGUAAAUGAUUUGGUCAAAUUGGUUAACUUCUGGUUUUACUUUCCACACCCAAAAUGAAUAUUGAAUUUUAAUUAGAAUGCUUUCUAACAAUCUAAGGCUCAAAGCUAAGGUUUGCUUUAUGAAACAUAUUUACUGUAAGAAGAUAAUGUAGGUUCUCUCCUCCCUUCCUCUGACCCUCCCUAAUUUUUUCCACCUUUCUCCCCUAUUGUUCACAUCUGAUUUCAACAUGCUGAUGUUAAAUAGGAUUGGCUGUAGGCUGUUUUAAUGACUUGUGCAUACUGUAUGAUGAUGCUGACUCCUCUGUCUUUACAACACAUGUAAAUAUUCCAAAUAAAAAAAAAGUUGGCACUUGUGA